AGUCGAUUUUAUCGGGACUUCGGUCUCUAUAACAAUCCUCAAGCUCUGGACUUUUAUUUUUCCUUGACCUUUCAACUGUUUACUUCAACUCUUUAGAAAUAAUAUGGAUCAAUCAAAUUCUUCUUGCGUUAUUUCUCAAAUUAGUUCUCGUUUCAAUGAAUCUUUGUCUCUUUCAAAUUUUGAAUACUCUAUGGACCAUAAGCGGCGAGGCAAAUGUGUCAUUUUCCGUCAUGAUCAUUUCGAUGAAGUUGAAGAUUGUCACAGAGAAAUGAAUAAACAUCCAGAGAAUGAAAAUGAUGUUCAUUCAUUGCGAGCUUGUUUUGGUCUCUUGGGAUUCGAGGUGAUUGUUCAUAAUGACCUGAAGGAAAAAGAAAUCAGAUCAACUCUAAAAGCUGUAUCGGAAGAGGAUCAUUCAGACGAAGAUUGCUUAAUUCUCUGUUUUAUUACUAUAAAACAAGAACAUUUUUUAUCAGCUAAAGAUGGCAAAUUUGAAAUUGAAAGUCUUUCUGAAUAUUUCAACGCGAAGAAAUGCCCUUCAUUGGCUGGAAAGCCGAAAAUGUGUUUCAUUCAGGCAUUUCCCGUUUUAUAUGACGCAAGUAUCGAGUUUGACAACGAAGUAGACACACCCUUUUUCGAAUUCAAAGGUCUAAAUUUCAAAACCUCCAUGUGCCCUGAUUUCUUUUUUUCAUAUUCUCGAGUCUCUUACAUGCAAACUUUAGCAAAGAAUAUGUACGAAUUUGGCUCGAAAUUAUCAAUACUCGACGUCUUUCUAAAGAUCAAUCAUGAUGUCGCUUUAGAAUUGGGACCUUCUGAUGAAGAUGAGGAAGGAGCAUUUGUAACGAUUUUCUUUACACUAAGUCGACGGCUUAUUCUCAAGCCAAAGAACUGAUUCCUUAACUUCAACAGAUCAUAACCAUUGGCGUAUUUUUAUUCAACGAUCAGUGAAAACUGUUAACAUAGUAGAAAGUGACACUUUUUUGAUUAUCUAACUUUCUCGAUUUGAUUCUUAAUUUACAUGAAUGUUCCGAAAUUGGAAAUAAGGUGAAAAUAAAUGUGGACAGAGUAAAUUCUGUUCCCUAAUCAAAACUCUUA